GAUAGAGGGAGUUAGAUCCUCUUCCUGGUCACGGAUAAAGGAUCAUCAGGUAUGUGGUGUCGGAUCCUUUCUUCCUCACGUAAACACCACCCACUAUGUUCCUCCGGCCGCUGCUCACACCGGGUCUUAGGGCGUCAUGGCCAGAUAUUGUGAGAAAACCAACAUUAUUACAGAUGAGUGGUGUGGCCCAGGCUAGGUGUGGUAUAGUGACCAGCGCGAGGCUCUUGUGUGAGGUCACUGACGGAGAGGAGGCCAAGAAACAGGUUGAUCCGGCCAAGGACCGCUCUAAAGUGGUCCCGGUUGAGGUCAGCGUGAAGUAUAUGAAGACUCAGGCAUACCAGACAACUUAUGGAUCUGAUCCAGUGUGGAAGAGGUACAGAAGAAAUUUUAAAGGUGGUUUUCCUCCACAAACAACUAGAAAGACUUGCAUACGUGCGAAGGUGAUCACCACGGGUAAUCCUUGUCCAAUAUGCCGGGACGAGUACCUGGUGCUGGACUACCGUAACGUUGACCUGUUGAAUCAGUUUAUUUCUCCCCAUAAUGGCGCCGUUCUUCCUGUUCAAAAAACACAUUUAUGUCGGAAUCGACACAGAGAGCUCCAAGUGGCGGUGGAAAAAGCUCGUGACUACGGCCUGUUGACUUACGAUGUUCCUUUCCAUGAAUAUGACUACUCUGAAUACUUCAGCCCUGUAGAGAAUAAAGAAAAGUCAACCACUUGAGAAUCUACAUGACAGUGUUUGCUACAUAACUAUUUCAUGGUUUACUAAAAUCAUUUAAUUCUUAUUAGUGAUCGUUGUAGUGCAACUUUAUAACAAGAGGGUGUUCUGUACAGUACACACCUUCACUCAGAAUGAAUGUAUGUUUGACCGUACAUGUGCACCUGUCAUUUGGGAAAGAAAAUGUAAAUAAGUUAUAUAUGUUUAACAAAUUAUAGGAGAGACUGUACAGAACCUUAAACUCAAAUAUGUUGGAAGUUUUGUAAUAAAAUAUUGUGCAAGGUU